AUGCAUUACUUGCGAGUAGCGCUUUCUGGCGAAGCGGCUCGUGUUAUUUCCUCGCUCAAGAUUUCCGCCAACAAUUACCUUGUUGCAUGGAAUUUGUUGAAGGAAUGUUUUGAAAACACGAACCUGCUGGUAAAACGGCAUGUUUCUGCCCUACUUACAAUUCCUUCGCUGAAAAAAGAGUCUGCACAGGGACUUGCAGAUCUCGCCGACGAAUUCGAUCGUCAUGUACAGCUGUUGGAUAAACUCGAAGAUUCUGAAAACCACUGGAACGUCUUUCUAGUAGAGCGAUUGAGUCAAUGUCUUGAUAGCGUUACACUCCGUGAGUGGGAGACACUUAUUUCCGCAGGCGAUGAAUACCCGAAUUACCGAGAAUUACUCGAGUUUAUCCACAGAAGAUCGCGAAUCGUACAAACUUUAAAGCUCUCCCAAUCGGCAAACACCCAGUUCGAGAUCAAGCAUCCCAAACCCCGAUCAGUUGUUGCCCAUGUCGCUUCCGACAACGUUACCCAGUGCGUCAGCUGUAAGCACGCUCACUUCCUGUUCCAGUGUGACCAGUUCCGUUCACUCUCUCCACAACAACGGUUCGAAGUCGUGAAGAAGCACGGGCUGUGCAUUAACUGUCUCAAGGGAACACAUCAAGCGAAAAACUGCUCCAGAGGUUCCUGCAAAAGCUGCUCUAAGAAGCACCACUCAUUGUUACACCUGCCACCUCUCUCGUCGGCUUCCGGUUCACUACCAGUGGCAACAGUCAAGCAGCCCACAGUGUACCAACCCGCUGCAGCAUCCACUUCACAGUCGUGCCAAAUGUCGCAUUUCGUUCCAAACCUCCUCGGAGGCUCUUCGUCGCAGGAGCUCGCGGCUGCCUCACCAUCUAUCAAUUCGUCGGUUCGAUCGAUCGCAGUCGUCGCGCGAGUCUUCCUGGGUAGCGGUUCACAGCCAAGUAUCAUCUCCGAAGCGCUAUGCCAAAAGCUUCGUUUGACACGAACGAAACUGAAUUCGCCAGUCAGUGGGAUCGGACAAUCGAUAGUUAACGUUCGCUAUGCUGUAACCGUCUCGCUCGCCUCUCGUUUCGAAAAUUUCAUGACCCAACCGGACUGCUUAGUACUGCCGAAACUUACCGUCUCGCUGCCUAGUUACCACAUUGACAUCUCUCGCUGGCGGAUCCCUAGAAAUCUUCCACUGGCUGAUCCGCAAUUUAACAUAAGCCAAGGUGUGGACAUGAUAAUUGAAGCUGGUCUAUUUUUCGAGCUUCUCGAAAACCAGCAACUCUCUCUUGCCGCUGGCUAUCCCACGUUGCAGAAAACGGUUCUAGGCUAUAUCGUCUGUGGAAAGAUAGAGCAGCCGACCACAGAAGUCACUGGCACACAGUCUUGCCACUUUUGCGUAGAAGAUACGCUUGAUACCAUGCUUCAACGUUUCUGGGAAAUCAAGAAUUUCGAUGACGGUAAAGCUCUCACUCCAGACGAACAAUUCUGCGAAGAACACUUUCAAUCGACUGUUACUCGUGACGAAACGGGCCGCUAUGUUGUUCGUCUGCCACUCAAGGAAGCCAAGGGGGAAAUGCUAGGAGAUUCAUAA